AUGUUGUGAGUGGGAGGUGGUCAGACGACGCUCAUCGCUGUGUCGACAACGUGAUCGUCUCCUCUCUGCGUCACUGCCCACAGCUCGGAUACGAGUGACUUAGAUCCUGCGCAUUGCUCAUCCUCUGGAAGCAUUGUCACCAGUUCGUCAGACGUCAUCGCGCGUGAGUCGGUCCAAUACCACUUGUACUAUAUCUACUACUGCUCCCCAAGACCUCGUGAUCACUUAUCGCUGCUUCCACCAUCCCAACCUUGCUACCCCGACCCUCCCACCGCGCAACUGCGCUGGCAUCUCCAACACUCUUGCCACACAAGCCCAAGUAGAACAGACCGACGUCUCGGCGCUUCAAGACCAGGUUCGACAGCUUGUUAGGGUAAACGAGGAGUUGAGGAUGGGUUUGCAGCAUGAAAAGACGACUUCGCAACGUAGGUCAAGUACAUUGGGGGGAAUAGGGAGAGGACGGGAUAUUGGGAAGGCGUGAGAACCGGAGCUGAUUCUGCGCUGGGCUGACCUUGCUGGUUGAUGGUCAGGGACUGAUCAGAUUAUGAGGAUGUAAGUGGGUUAUCAGAGUAUGGUCCACUUACAUUUUCCGAACGCUUUUCACGGGCUUGCAUCCUUUCUUCCGCAGACCGUCUCCACGCUGUACGACAGCCUCGCCUUGCCCGAUCGCAUCGCCUACCUCACUCGCCGACUGCGCACCGAACCCCUUCAUCACUCGCUCCGUCUGAGCGGUCAGUUCUCUCAAACUCUCCAAUAAAGCCUUUCAACGGUUUCCUGACAUCUCCUUAAUUUUUUUGAUGUUGUGAUCCGCAGUCGCUCUGGAUCGAGAACAAGCUCUUGCGACCCUGGCUCAAGAAAGGGAGGCCGCUCUCGGUGCUGAAGUCGAGACGAUGCUUUCGAUGAUUGAGCAUAAGCAGAACCUCAAGACCUCUCAGGGUCCCAGCGACGAGCAUAGUGCACAUUGCGCGGAGACGGACAGGCCGAACUUGGCAUGA